AUGAUUGAAAGUUCCGUUUACCCUUCGACGACUCACGACUACGGAGCAAUGUCGUUGUCCCGUUCGCACGUCCGAUCAAGUCCCAUUGCCAUCAUUCAAAGCAAAUCCAGUAAGGAAGACGAGUUUGAUCACAGCGACAGCGAUGAGAGCAUUAUUGACGUGGAACUGGAUGCCUUGAAAAUAAGGCAAAAGCAGCAAACGCCAUAUGAUACCCAACCUGGGCCUGCAAAUGGAAAGAGCAGCAUUUCCAUCAAGCAAGAGAACGAGCUCAAGGCUCCCUAUCUUGGUUCUUUGAGUAAAUCGGAAACCAAUCUGAUGUCUUUGCCACCAAUGGCCUUAUCAGAAGCCUACCUAGAAGAUCCACCAUCCGAAGUUACGAGUUAUGGAUCUUUACGUGAUUCUCAUCAAAAAGGGCGUUUCAUUGAUGGUCCUUCGAGUUACCGCGAGCCAGCUUCUGGGCGAAUCAUGCAAUACGAUCGUCUCAAAAAGUAUCAGUCAGUUCCCCCUACACAAUCGAUUGGAGAGCGCAUGCAACAAGCACGGAAACUCAAAGGCAUUAGACAGCAAAGUCAAGAAAAACGGAAUCAGAAAGACAACAACAACGGCGAAAAUAGCUCCAACAACAAUGUUUCUUCGUCCCUCUCGGCCUUACUGAGUGAUGCUUCCCAGCUGGUCAAGGACGAUAUGCAGAACACAGCUGGUUUCGUCAGUCAAAAUCAAAAUCAACAGGAAACUUUCAGGCCUACCUUUGGCUUUUACGAUGAAGAUCAGGAAGAUUCAAAUAUGCUUUCAACAUCCUUGACAGCUUUUGAAAUUAUGCAAACCAAAUUGGAACCACCCAGCCGACUGGGGACUAGCUUGAGCAACAGUGUAGUCUACGAGGCUGGAUUCAGACCAUUGGCCAGGUCCUUGUCGGAUCCACUCCCACAACAUUAUCGACCCAAUGGCACUGUCUUUUCGCCAAUGCUUCCAUCCCAAGCUGCGGCACAAGCACCCACAUCCAUGAGCCACUUUUCGUUGGGUCCCUCCCCCAUGACCGUGCAUGGAGGAGCAAACCAGCAAGCAGAUACUCCCAUGUCCUUCAACGAUGAUAGUCCGGAUAUGGAUGCGGCGUUUGACAUGGAUUUGUAA